AUGUCUCCAAAGCGUAAGAUGCUCAUGCUCACCAAAUCUGAGUAUGGUCAAGCCAACAUCUUCCUGGCAACAUGCCACGCGCUGAUGGGCACGGACCCUGACGUCGAGAUCCAUCUGGCGUCCUUCGCACCGAUCAGGACUGCAGUAACUGCUGCCUCUGAAGCCGGUAUAAAAGCCCAUCCGAACGCCAGCUCGAUCGAGUUUCAUGAGACUCGCGGGACGCAUUACUUCAAGGCCUUACUCUCCCCUGAGCUUCCGAACAAUGCCCACUGUCUUACGAAUCAUCGCCCGGGCUCCAUGCCGUACACCGGGUUGGAAAUGGUGGAGAACUGCAAUGAAAUUCGGCGAAUCAUUGAAGAGGUGGAGCCAGAUCUGACUCUGGUGGACGACAUGUUUAUACCGGAGUUGACGAUGGCUCGACAUAUGCGCAUCAAGUGGAUGAUCCUGUCACCCAACACACUUAAGGACCUUGCAUUGCCGCAGCAACCUAGAGCAGCUUUCUUCUGGAAGUAUCCGUGUGUGGGAACCGCUCUUCCGUUCCCAAUACCAUGGCACCUCAUCCCAAUAAACGUGCUAUACGUGUUCUUUCUCAUAUUCUUCAUGAUCUUCAACAGUCAUGCCCGUAGGGCACGGGCUUAUGUAACCGAGAAGACCGGGGCUAUGGUCUUUGAUCAGCAAGAGUUCAGUAAUCCGCAGCCAACCUUGAAGAUGCUUAUGGCGAUCAGCCCAGAGUUCGACUUCCCAGUCGACUUGAAGCCGGAAAAUAUCAUCCACUGUGGCCCCAUAAUGCGACCAGUCCCAGCAGUCGAGGAAGUCGAUCCUAAGCUGCAUACCUGGCUCGCUCGAGGACCGACGGUGUUCAUUAACUUGGGGACAUUGUCGUGGACCACGGAAGAUCAGGCCGUUGAAAUGGCACAGGCCAUACGUUUGCUUAUCACUGGUUGGCGGGAGAAGAAUAGAGACAGAAGGCUUCAGGUCCUGUGGAAGCUGAAGCAGACCACCGACGGGCAUGUCGACUACGAUGUCUACAACAAAGGCUGUCGGCUUGAGAUCAUCUUGGGGAGCGAGUUUGACAACGACACUACAGGAAACAUCAUUUGCUCGGUCAACCACGGUGGAGCGAACUCAUUUUGGGAAGCACUUUGGACUGGUGUUCCUCAGGUUGUACUACCUGUCUGGGCGGAUACUUACGACUUUGCUCAACGGGCUGAGUAUCUUGGUAUCGGAAAAUGGGUUAGCCCGAAUACGGCACCGAGAUACCGUGCCAAGGAACUUGGAGACGCGCUGACACAGGUGGUCAUCGGCCAUAAUGCUAGAAAGGUUCAACUAAAAUCAAAUGAGCUUGCGAAGCAAAGAUUACAAUUGGGAGAGGGCCGAGACGUGGCUGCGAGGCAUAUUGUUGAAAACAUCUAG